AUGUCGAGCAAGGAACACGUGGAUGGCAGAAACAGUGACAGUGCGUUAUCCACGAAGACGAAUAUACCAUUAAGAACGAACUGUGUGAUUACGACUGAAGCUCCCUCAACCAAAGUCCUGCGGCCACAGGUUGUGAACGAUGGAAGCCAGCCCAAUACACUGACUGAUACAACUGGUUGCUGGCUGAUCAUCGACGGAUGUCCACAGGAGCCAGAGCUCGCUGGAAAACGCCGGGACACCGAGGGGGAGAAGCAUCAUGGCGCACUGACUGACGAGGACGCCUGUUUAGCCCGUGCUGCUGUACAGUGGAGAGCUUGUGGUCAAUCGUAUUCUCAUACCGUCAAAGCGGUGUUCGGACCCACAGGCGCGUGGACGGUGGCGGGCCAGGGUUGUUUCAUGGGCAGUUACGGCUGCCCCUCACAUGGCCAAACCAAUGAGGGAAGCUUGGAUAGGGAUGGAUAUGCCGAGGCUCACGGUGGACUGACCAAUGAAGCGGCUUGUUUAGGUCGUGCGGCUGGACAGUGGGUUUACUGUGGGUCAUCACUGGACAAUCCAGUAGUCAGCAUCUUCAGACCCACAGGAGCCAGAAGGUUUGCAGGCUAUGGCUGUUGGAUAAAGGUGCCGCAUUGCCCUAAAGACCCCACUGUACCCCACAUGUUCUUUGAUGCCUGGGGUGACACCAACAGAAACACAGGAUUCAGCAAAGACAACUGCUUCAACCGCGCCCAGGACUACUGGGACCAGUGUGGGUCCAACAGUUCUUAUCCCGUCACAGUGCAGUUCCGCCCUGAGGGAAGAUCGAAAACUGUACCAUAACAAGAAACCGGAAAGCUGUAUUCGUUGUUUGGCAGCUAUACUAAUAAAUACAC